AUGCCAGGAACAUUGAAAAGUGAUCUUUCAUGUCGAAUAGUUCAUCUUCAAUGUUUAGUAAAAACCUUGAGAGGAAAAGGACAGAAGAGUGUUUCCAAUGUUGGGCCUAUUGCAGAUGCAAUCAACCGUGCCAAUAAACUAAUUGAUCUGCUAAAGGGUAUCAAAUUGGAAGUGAACGAUGAGACAUUAAACGAUUAUUUUGUUGAAUAUAUCAAUCAUUUGAACGGUUCUGCUAAUAGCAUUCGAAAAUGUCAAGAAUUCAUUGAAGUUUGUGAAUUAUUAUUAUAUUACAUUGAACAAGUUGACUUUGAAAAUUAUUUUUCUUCAUUAUAUCAUAUUAUGAUUAGCUGGCAAUCGCAAUUAAUGAAUAGUUCCGAAUUCAAGCCCAAAAUCAUUGAUGUAUUCAAAGCAAUGGAAAAGGAUCUUGGUGCACAUAUUUACCCCAUGAUGUCACUUCGAAUAGGUUUGAUCGGUGAAACAAGCGCAGGAAAAUCUUCUUUACUAAAUCAUUUAAGAGGACUUCACGAUGACGAGGAAAAUUUCAAAUUGAACACGGCAUCGGAGAAAGAACUAAUGUCUCCAAUGCGUUAUGGUAAAAGCACAUUAUGCCGAUUAGAAUUCGAGCAUCAGUAUUCUAAUGGGAGUAAAAUUACGUUUGUUGACAUUGAAGGAGCGACAGAAUAUGAUCAAUGCUUGAAAUGCGGAAAUUAUUUUGAUGAAAUCAGAAAAUCCGACUGUGAUCUAUACAUUAUUGUUUUUGAACAUAAAUGUACUGAGAUUCAUCGAUCGUGGGAAGAAUAUAUUGUCAAUGAAUUACAUCGACAAUGCCGGUUUGUACGAAAUAAAGCGGAUGAUCUAUUUCUUAGAACAUUUCAAGAAGAUGUUGGAAUCGAUUUCAAUUCAGCUAGUCAAACACAGAGAGAUAAAUAUGCCAAGUUAGUGUUAGAACGUAUUCGAAAAUCAGUCACUUCUGAUAUCAAUGGUAAACAACUACACAAACUAUACUUAACAUCCUGUUCUUAUAUGAGAAAUCGUUCUUAUGAAAUGUUAUUUUCAAUGCCAUAUGGAAACUUUGACUUGGAUGAAUUGAUCCAUGAUAUCCAACAUUUACCACCGGAUUUUCACGAAGAUCGUCUACUAGCAACGGCUACGCGUGCCACAGCUACAGUUAUAAAUACCUGUUUCCGUCGUGGAUAUGUUGUUAAUGUUCUGAAAUAUAAAAUUUAUGCUGGUGUAGCUGCUGUGGUGCCCUUGCUUGAUUUGCUACCGAGAUAUUUUGGACGGGAAGAAAUUCGUCAAGUCUUUGGUGUUAAUAGUCGUUCACGUUUCAUGAAUUGGUGGACUGGUCAAGCUGAUGAAUUCAAAGAUUAUCUAACACAAUUCCAGAUCGUAAUCACUGAGCAAGGUUUCAAAACUUCAGCUUUCCAGAAAUCGUUUCAAUAUCGAGGGACUGCUACGGCGUCGAAGGUGAGCAGUGGAACAUCGGUUGUUCUUAAAGGUGUGACUACUGUUGGUAUCGCCGGCCUUUCGGUUAGUGAUGAUUUUCUUCGAAACGCUGGAGUGGGUGUAAUAACUGUUGCUCGAGGUGUAUCGAUUGGUUUCAUUGUUGCCGGUGUUGUUGUAACCGCGGCAAUGUGUGCCUGGUCAGCGGUGUCCAAUGGAAAACAAAUGUAUGAUUAUUUAAAUCGCUUGUGCGAUGAUCUUAUCGUUGUCGCUGCAUAUGUAGCUAAGAAAAUAAUCGAAGACAAUCAUCGAGUACGAACAACUUUUUCCAAUUGA